AUGGCUUCACUUUUUCAGCACUUGCGGAUCCUGCUGUGGAAGAACUGGCUGAGCGUCAAGAGGCAGCCUCUUUGGUCGUUCACCUUAAUUUCCUGGCCUUUGAUUGUUUUUAUAAUCCUGGCUAUCGUCCGAAUCAAAUUCCCUCCGGAACCACAACCAAACUGUUACCUAGCUCCUCGGAACCUCCCCAGUGCCGGUUUCUUCCCAUUUCUACAAACCGUGCUCUGUGAUUCAGAUGCCAAGUGCAAGGACACACCAUACACACCAGAAGAUCUGUUACCAAGACUUCCUGGAAACUCCCCUCUCAGACGAAAGCAGAAAAGGUCACCUAACCUGGGGAAGACCAUCCAUCCAUCACUGCAGAGUGCUGAGGUUCCAAAAAGCAGGAACGCUUCACUGGCAUUAUCAGAUUCAACAGCUAACCUGAAAAGCACCUUGGAGGAUAUUUCAUCACCAUACAACUUGACUUCCAGAAUAAACAUGCUCAACAAAAUUCUAAGUUUGGGGAAGGCGCAGACACAGGAUUCAUCUGCAGCGAACCUCAGAAUUGUUAUCUGUGAGAUCAUGUCAUCAUAUAUACCCUCUUCCGAUCUCCCUUGGGAAAGCAUAGGAGCAAAUGUUCACAGGACGUUUUGUUUUACCAACUCGUCUCUUUUAGAAUCAUUUUUCCACACAUUCCGAAGUCAGAUAUCUCAGUUGCAGCAGGACCCUCAGUACCAGGUGACAUUUGUCAAAGAAACUGUUUCGUUCCUGUCACUCAUCUCACGAGUGCAGAAUGAAACCUCUCUGUGGCAUUUCCUCUUGAUGAUCCCCGAUGUGGUCCAGGGCAGUCUGAGAAUGAAGGAUAUAUUUGCUUUUCUUCAGAAUGCAAGCAGUGUUCUGAUGGCAUCUCCACAGGUUUCUCCUCCAGUCAUGAGUAAUGAUGGAAUCAAAACUAUCCACAACAGAGUUUUGCGUCUUUUGGAUUCCCUGAACUGUUCAGAACAAGGCAAAAAUAACAGCUCAACAGUGGCUGAUAUUUGCAAUCUUUCCAUUAACUGGAAAGACAACCGAAGCUUGUUAUCUCAGAUGGAAGAAGUUUGGAGAAAAAUCAGAUUACCGGAGUUUGAUGGAGAAGACUUCAGAAAAGCUAUUUUCUCGAAGGAUUUAGAAACCAUACAAAAGUCCCUAUAUCUUCUAAAGGGCUUCCAACAAUAUUUGAAUAGAAACAAAUCAGAAAACUUAAAUCCAUUCACAGAAUCUGUUGGGAAUGAAACCAUUCAGCUACUGUAUGAAAUUCUGAAGUUGGGAAUGAAUAUUCUCUAUGACUAUAAAUUAAGGAAACCAUUAAGUAAAGAAACAAUUGAUGAAGUCUAUAACUUCACAUCUCCUCUACUUCAGAAUGACUUUAAUGGGACUUCUAUUUUCAAUACAGCAGCCCCCUGGAAAGAAAUUCAAAGUGCUUUUAAGUUAGCUCCAGUGAUUUGGGAUCUAGCAUUUUUAAAUAAGACUAAUUUUAGUACAGUGAAGACAUGGGAUAUUAUCAAAAUGAAGAUAUCUCAUAGGAUUUCAUCAUUCCUUGCAGACAUUAAAAACUAUAUCUAUGCAAUGCAAGAAAUCCCAUCUUUGUUUUCAGAUUCUCUUCUUAAACCUAAUAUCAAUGAAGUCUUUCAAAAGAAGCUCUUUACUUUCCAGAAAAUCCUUGCUCAUGUGAUGCAUGUGAAUAUGACGAGUCAGUACUAUCUAUUGAGAAUCCUGUUUGAAUUUAUGGAAACAAUCCAAAAUUCCACUGAUGAAGAUCUGUGGAAGGAGCUGAAUGCCAAUUGGCGUACUGUUGAAAAACUAAGGUCUGCAAAAUGGAACAACACUGAUAUCAUUGCAUAUCAGCAGUUUUUAGAUAUAUUGAACAACCAUUUAUACACAUUGAAUAAUGGUUCAGAUGUUCUCUUCAAUAAAGAAUUGGAACAACUGGUGGAAUUUGCUACCCGCAUGUUACGAGAGUUUGGUGGAGAAACCUCCAGAAUGGCCAAUAUCUCAAUGACCAUAGAAGCCAUACAGAAAACCCUGGACAUAUUAAAAGAGUUGCAGAAAAAAAUUAAUAUUAGUACAUUAGAAACUAUUGAUCUAGUCUUUAAUUUUGACAAUAAAAACACUGGUAGAUUGUUGGAAAUAUUGAGGGUAGGAAGGGAAAUCCUUUAUGACAACAUAUUGGGCAAAGCAUCCGACAAAGAAAAAAUUGAUGCUGUCUAUAAUUUCUCGCAUCUGCUACUUCAAAAAGAGUUUAACAAGACUUUCUUACAGCACAAUACUUCACUGGAAACAAAAGUGUUGGAUCUCUUGCAUUUAGUCUUGAGUCCCUUCCUCAUGGAAAAUAACAAUCGUAAUGAAAAGCCACAGAAUUGCUCCGUGCAAGACAUUCUUCACAUAAUUCUUCAGAUGUUACUUAAAAAUAUCACACUAAGUGAGUCCUUAUCAGGAAGCCAUUGCAAAUUCCUGUUUGCUUCCAUGGACAUUCAGACCAGAACAAUGGAAAAUCAAACAUUUACUGAAUUGUUUCAGCUUGCAGUAAGAAACCUAGAGCAGACUCCGGAAUUUGCUAGCAUCUUCAAGAACAAUAGUGAAUAUUUUUCAAGGGAGCUGUCGUGUAUCAUCCAGUCAUUACAGUUUUCUUCUAGUUUUCUUUCAAACUUAAAUACUGUCUCUCACUUUAAGAAUCCUUGGAUAGAAAGAAAGUAUCAAACCCUGACAGCCAUCUCUAAGGAGCUGCCUCAGAGUAAUACAACAUGCCUACCACCAGCUUUUCAGAGUAUGGAGGGAGUAUUUAAUUCUCAUCCUUUAAGCAGUUUGAUUGUUUUUAUUUUGAAUGAGAUGGCCAUGAAUUCACAAAAUUUCUCUAGCAGCUCAGUGGAUUGGAAGAACUUGUUCAUUCUCUUCAGUGACGUGCAGGCUGAUGUCCUGCGGAACUCCAGAGUGUAUGAACUGCUAGAGCUGGUGCAAAGUGCCUCCCGCCUCUCUGAAGAGAAUAAUUUCUCCAGAUUCUGCGGAGCAGUUGACAACUUGCUAAGGACCAAAUGGAACCUGACCGAAGCGGCAGGAUAUGUGAAACUGCUGAAAGUGAUGAAGAGGGAUCUGGCUGACCGUGAAUUAGCUUCAGGAAUAAUAGAAGCUGCUCAUUAUGGUCUUAAGAAACUGAACUCCUCUGAUCUACCAACCUUUUUGAAAAAGUCUGGCCCUACCAGAGCUGACUUUGAUACUAUAUUGGACAAUGUUGCUCAUCCUGUCAGUGUUAUGGCAGAAACCCUUUUCAAUAAGAUCCUGACUUGGAAUGAAGGAGAACAAACCCUGUCUCCUAACAGUUUGGUUGCACAGUUUCUGUUUUUAGAAUUGGAAAACGCCAUCUUACAGGUGUCAGCCGAUAACAUUUACAAACCUUACUUGAUCUGUUUAAUGAAUGUGAGUGGAAGUCAAGACAAUGAGUUGACAGAAAACAUAACACUUCUUCUGAACCACCCUCAGCUAAAAGAAGCUCCUUUCACUCAAAACGAUACUUAUGAGAAACAUGCAUCUAUUCCAGAGAUCCUACAGUUAAAAACAUCUCGCUUCCGAAGCAGGAUAAAACUUCUUUGUGACUAUGAGAGCUUUAAAUCACUGCAGCGUAUCUGUCAGCUCCCUACUGUUAACUCUGAAGCACUGUGUGAACAAAGUCAAUUUCAUGAGCAGCUCCUUCACAGCGCUGAGCUAAGCAAUCACCUUGUGACAGAUGUAGUUAAUCACAACAGGGUCCUGCACGAACUUCGGGAGGUACUAAUUGGGGAUCCCGCCAAAAUCCAGUCACAAAUUAAUUGGAUUCAAGAAAAUGUGCCGCAAAUUGGUUAUUUUCAAGAUAUCCCUCGGUAUAUGGCUAUAAUGAGUUCCAUGAUGAAUACCACUGAGAAUGCAACAGUUUCUAAAAAGCAAGAAAUGUUAAUGGCUGUGUUUAAAAAUGUCAACCAGCUCAAAGAGGAGCUCAGAAAUGAAGCAGGAAUGUCCACAGCAAGUAUCAAAGCCCUGAUGGAAAUGCCUCUCCCAGAAAACAUAACACAGCUCAUUUAUCAGAUUCUCCAGCUGGAGUCGUGUGAUGUCCAUUCCAUCGACCCAAAGCUAGACGCAGUAGUAAAGGAGUUCUGCCACCUGUCACUCCCAGAAAGGACCCGCCAAUCUUACAUCCUGGGGGUCAUAUUCUUACGUCACUUAGACAUUUACAACUUUCUGUACAAGAUGUUUUUCCCCAAAGAACUGCAGAAAUCAAUGGACAAGAUGUUAGGCCUCCUCAAAGAGAUGGAACAUUUCAGGAACCAGGUGGCGUCUGGCAUGCGUCCACUGCUAGAAGCAAUUAAUUCAUUUAAAAAGCUACGGCAGUCUAGAAAUGUGCCCCUCUCCAAGGCAUUGUUGAAAACAACCAACAUAACAGUAACUCAUGGAUCAUUUAAGUCCAUUUCAAAAGCGCUCUGCAAUGAGGAAAUCACACCCUUGUUUUUUGAAUCUUUGCUGCCUGAUUUUGGAGCUCCAAAAAGACCUAGUUCUUCUACCCAGGAUGAAAAUGUACAGAAAAUCAUGAGGAAAUAUGGCAUUCCCCAGGAUUCCACGCCAUUCUGCUUAUCAUUUUAUCUGGAUUUGGUUAGUACCUCUACUGGAGCUUUAAUAUGGUCUUUCCUUAAGCCUUUGCUGUUUGGGAAGAUUCUGUAUACACCAGACACCCCAGAAACUCGAGCAAUCAUGGAAAAGUCUAAUGCAACCCUGAAGCAAAUGGCUGAUCUAAUGCAAAAGUCCCAGGAAUGGCUGGACAAGUCACCAUUGAUCAUGAAUUCACUGACUACGUUAAACCAAACAAUUCCAGUUGUCAAGAAUACCCUGCAGAAUCCAUUCGUGCAAGUUUUUAUCAGACUCAUGGUGAAGCUGGAUGCUAUCGAACUGCUGAGCCAAAUAAACGAACUGGAUGAUAUAAUGUUGGAAUUGCAGAACAACGCAGACAUCAUCAAUCAGCUGGACACAUUAUCUACCCUGGCAGUAAAUGUAUCCUCCUGUGUGUCGUUUGAUCGCAUUCAGGUGGCAAAAACCAGAGAGGAGCUGGAAAUGGUAGCUAAAGAUCUUUUUUUGAGGAACGAACUUUUUGGAAGUGUCAUUUUCAAGCUACCAUCAAGAAGUAGCAGACAGAGGAGAGCAACUCCUGGCAGUCUCUCCCUUCCUCCACUGGUCAAUUAUACCAUCCGAAUGAGCAGCAGGAUUUCCCAAACGACGAAUAGGAUCAGGGAGAGGAUCUGGACCGUGGGCCCACAUAAUUCAGCCUCUCAGAGUCAGAUCUACAGCCGAGCCUUUAUCUAUAUCCAGGACAGUAUCGAGAGAGCAAUAAUUGAGCUGCAGACGGGGAAGAGUCCAGAGGAAAUCGCUGUUCAAGUCCAGGCCACUCCCUACCCCUGCUACAAUAAGGAUAUGUUCUUAAGCAGUGUGACCUACUCUCUUCCAUUUGCUCUGAUGGCUGCCUGGUCACUGUUUAUAGCUGCUUUUGUGAAAAAGCUUGUUCAAGAGAAAGAUCUAAGGCUUUAUGAGUACAUGAAGAUGAUGGGUGUUAACUCCAGCAGCCAUUUCAUUGCCUGGUUCAUUGAAAGCACCACCUUUCUUCUAAUCACAAUCACGUUUCUCAUCAUUAUACUGAAAGUUGGCAACAUCCUGCCCAAAAUCAAUGUUGUGAUCCUGUUCCUGUACCUCAUGGACUACAGCCUCUCCAUCAUAGCCAUGUGCUACCUCAUCAGUGUCUUCUUCAACAACACCAACAUUGCAGCCUUGGUUGGCAGCCUUAUCUAUAGCCUCACCUUUUCUCCCUUCAUUGUGCUGCUGGUAAUUGAGAAUCAUUUGAGCUUCUCAGUGAAGAGUCUGCUGAGCCUGUUGUCCCCGACUGCAUUCAGUUAUGCAAGUCAGUACAUUGCUCGUUAUGAGGAACAGGGCAUAGGCCUGCAAUGGGACAAUAUGUAUAGCUCACCAAUGUCUGGCGACAAUACUUCUUUUGGCUGGAUGUGCUGGCUAAUUCUGAUAGACUCUUUCAUCUAUUUCAUCCUGGGCUGGUACAUUAGGAAUGUUUUCCCAGGAAAAUAUGGCAUGGCUGCCCCAUGGUAUUUCCCAUUGCUCCCAUCCUACUGGGCCGAACGCUACGGUUACAUACCAUUAUGGAAUGAGAAAAGAUGCAGUCUCCUCUUCACCAAACUCUUGCUAAGGAAAGAGGCUGCAUUCACCAACAAGAUGUAUGUCAAAAGCGCCCUUCCUCCUAACCUCGAGCCUGAACCCCCCAAUCUCACUGUGGGAGUCUCUCUUCAUGGAAUAACAAAGACCUAUGGCUCCAAAGCUGCAGUUGAGAACCUCAGCCUGAACUUCUAUGAAGAAAACAUCACCUCCUUGCUGGGACACAAUGGAGCUGGAAAAACGACGACAAUAUCUAUUUUGACAGGGCUGUUUCCUGCCUCAUCAGGCACGAUAUUUGUUUAUGGCAAAGAUAUCAGGACUGAUCAGGACCUCAUCAGGAAGAACAUGGGUGUCUGUAUGCAGCACAACGUGCUAUUUAGUUACCUCACUGCCAAGGAACAUUUGCUGCUCUAUGGCUACAUCAAAGUCCCGCAUUGGAGUGAGCAGGAGCUGGAUGAGGAAGUGAAAAGGACUCUGAAGGAUACUGGCUUGUACAGCCAUCGUCACAAACUAACUGGCUCACUGUCAGGAGGGAUGAAAAGAAAGCUGUCUAUAGCUAUAGCUUUCCUUGGUGGAUCAAGGGUCGUGAUCUUGGAUGAACCAACCACUGGUGUGGAUCCAUGCUCUCGGAGGAGUAUUUGGGAGAUUAUAUCAAAAAAUAAAAAAGGCCGAACAAUUAUUCUCUCUACCCAUCACUUGGAUGAAGCAGAAGUUUUGAGUGACCGCAUUGCGUUCCUGGAACAUGGAGGGCUCAAAUGCUGUGGGUCUCCAUUCUACCUCAAAGAAACGUUCGGUGAUGGAUACCACCUGACUCUCACUAAGAAGAAGUGUCCAAACCAGACCCUGACAGAGGAGUACGACACCUCAGCUGUGACCUCCCUGAUCCAGUCACACCUCCCAGAAGCUUAUCUCAAGGAAGAUGUUGGUGGAGAGCUUGUGUAUGUGCUUCCACCAUUCAACUCCAGAGUUUCUGGAGCGUAUCAAUCUCUCCUGAGGGCUCUAGAUACCAGCUUGAGUGGUCUUCACAUUGGUUGCUAUGGCAUUUCUGACACCACUGUGGAAGAGGUAUUUCUUAACCUGACUAAAGACCUGGAGAAAGACAAAAAGCAUGAUCCUGGAUUGUCCCAAGAUGUGCCUGGGCCCAGUGGACUAAUGGACAGCAAGGAGAUGUCUCUGAGCACGGAUAGCUUCACUGAAAGAGAUGACCAAGCCCUGGUCAGAUCAAAAAGGGUGACCGGUUUGCCACUGCUGCUCAAGAAGACAACAGCUGUUUUCGUUAAGAGGUUCCACCACACCCGACGGAACUUGAAAGGCUUUUUUACUCAGGUCAUCCUACCCGUGAUCUUUGUGACGGUAGCCAUGGGCCUCAGCACACUGAGAACUGAGGUGGCUGAAUACCCAGAACUCCACCUUUCUCCCUCACUGUAUGGUUCCUCAGGGCAGGCAGAUUUCUUUGGGAACUUUAAUGAGACCACAGAUGCUUUAGUUGCUUCGAUGCUUUCUUUCCCUGGAACAGAUAACACAUGCUUGAAUGAAAGCAAUUCGGUGUGUUUGAACGACAGCAUGCUUGGCCAGUGGGUAUUCCAUGGAAACCAGAGUACUAGAUAUUCUGCAUGCAACUGCACAGACAGCAGCCAGACGUGUCCAAAGAUUGACUUCUCCCCACCUCACAAAAGAACUUUUUCCUCUCGGAUGAUUUAUAAUCUUACUGGGCAUGAUGUGGAAAUGUACCUUCUAGCAACUGCCAAAGAUUUCCUCCAGAAAAGAUAUGGUGGCUGGAGCUUUGGGUUGCCUUUGACUACUGACCUCAAGUUUGAUAUACGCCCAGUGCCUGCAAACAGAACACUAACUAAGGUGUGGUAUAAUCCAGAGGGGUAUCACAGCCUUCCAGCCUACCUCAACAGCCUCAACAACUUCAUUCUUAGAGCGAACAUGCCGAAAAAUGAGUCUUCCAAAUAUGGUAUUUCCGUUGUGAGUCAUCCCUAUCCUGGAGGACAGAGUAAAGAACAAGUCAUGCUCAGUAGCUUGCUUGAUAUCCUAGUCUCAAUGUUUGUCCUGAUUGGCUACUCCAUCACAACAGCCAGCUUUGUGCUUUAUGUGGUAAAAGAACAUCAGACCAAAGCUAAGCAACUGCAGCAUAUUUCAGGCAUCGGUGUGACGAGCUAUUGGGUGACCAACUUCAUCUACGACCUGGUUCUUUUUAUGGUCCCGGUUGCCCUCUCAAUAGGAGUUAUUUCAGCUUUCCAAAUACCUGCUUUCUUCAAUGAUAAUAACCUAGUGGCUGUAUUUCUUUUGAUGAUGAUGUUCGGAUAUGCAACGUUUUCAUGGAUGUAUUUGCUGGCUGGGAUCUUCAAGGAAACAGGAAUGGCCUUCAUAGUUUAUGUCAGCAUCAACUUGUCCUUUAGCAUUAAUACCAUCAUUACUCACUCGGUUGUGUUUCUGCUGGCCCAGGAAAAGGCUACUGAUCAGGGCUUGCAUAAUCUCGCUGAAAUCUUGAGGCAUGUUUUCCUAAUCUCUCCACAAUUCUGCUUUGGAUAUGGCUUGAUUGAAUUGUCUCAGCACCAGGCACUGAUGGGCUUCUUAAAAGCCUACGGAGUGGAUUACCCUGACAGAACCUUUGAGAUGGACAGAAUAAGCUCCAAGCUGCUUGGCAUGUUUAUCCAGGGCACUAUAUUCUUUGCAAUUCGGCUCUUAAUGCAUGACGGGAUGAUUCAGAAAGUCUGGUCUAGUAUAUUAGAAUUCCUGUUCGACAAAGUGCAUGGCAGGCUACCGCUUCUGCUGGAGGCAGCUGAUGAAGACAAAGAUGUUCAGGCUGAGAGGGAGCGGGUUGAGUCUGGCCAAACAGAUAUCGACGUGGUACAACUCCAGAGCCUCACAAAGAUCUACCAUCUUCCUCUCAGAAGGAUCAUGGCAGUCAAAAAUGUCAGCAUUGGAAUUCCAGCAGGAGAGUGUUUCGGGCUGCUUGGCGUGAACGGCGCCGGAAAGACAACUAUCUUUAAAAUGCUAACAGGAGACAUUGGGGCUACCAGUGGAAGACUGAGAGUCCGGGAUCAAACUGGAUCCCUGAGUGACAUUGAUGACACCCAUUGGUCGCUCUUUGGCUACUGCCCUCAAGAAGAUGCCUUGGAUGACUUGCUGACGGUGGAAGAGCACAUGUAUUACUAUGCUCGGCUACACGGCAUCCCAGAGAAACAGAUUAAAGGAAUUGUACGUCAACUUCUUUAUAAACUUAAUCUGAUGCCGUACAAAGACAGAGUCACCUCAAUGUGCAGCUAUGGCACUAACAGAAAGUUAUCGACUGCUCUGGCCCUCAUUGGUAAUCCAUCAAUUCUAUUGCUGGAUGAACCAAGCUCUGGAAUGGAUCCUAAUGCUAAACGACACCUUUGGAAAAUCAUCUCUGAGGAAGUACAGAACCAAUGUUCAGUGAUACUCACUUCCCACAGCAUGGAAGAAUGUGAAGCUCUCUGUACCAGGCUGGCUAUUAUGGUGAAUGGACGUUUCCAGUGCCUUGGCUCUUUGCAGCAUAUUAAGAGCAGGUUCGGAAGAGGAUUCACCGUGAAGAUGCACUUGAUGAGCAGCGCGGUCAGCACGGAGGCUCUGACAGAGUUAAUGCAGUCCCACUUUCCAAAUACAUGCCUGAAGGACCGGCAUCUCAAUACGGUAGAAUAUCACGUGCCUGUCUCCGCAGGAGGAGUAGGAAACAUAUUUGAUCUUCUGGAAACCAACAAAAUUGCCUUCAAAAUCAGGCACUUCUCAGUGAGUCAAACCACUCUAGAGGAGGUUUUCAUCAACUUUGCCAAAGAUCAGACUGGGGCUGACAGCGCAGAUGCGAGUACAGAUGUAGGCUCAGACUGCUCGGAUACAAGUAGCCAAGAUACCAACAUAAAUGCCACCUGUUAAAGGGAUAUUGCAGUGUUAAAAAAAAAACAUAUUUUUCUAAACGAUGGGGGUUUUUUUACUUAUUUUGUUAUUAGUAACCUGGUAAACAUGUAAACCUGGCGUAUCAGAUUGGUCUUGCCCCAGUUGUACAGUUCUUGUUCUAGGUUUAUUUUAUAUCUAUAUUGCAAAGUUGGUGACAUCUCCUGAUACUUGCUGUUCAAAUACUCUGGAAACUCUUCGCCAUUGGCUGUCACCAAGAAGACCAGUGGGGGAUAGAGUGGAACAGUUGCUCUGGAGUCAGGGACAUAAGUGAGGAGGACGGAACAGUCCUUCACAUGCUAGCUGGGCUCUCAGGAAACCCGGGGUUCAAUU